UCCCAUCCAUAUACCUGACAACCUUUUUUUUGACGUGGUCAUGGCCGAUCAACUCUUCAGAGUGCGGAUUCUGUUUGUGGAGAAAGUGUCAGUGGCCUUGCUCUCCCAGUUGAUGGACGAUCUUCUUCAGAAUGGGGUGCUGAACCAAGGGCAGGUGGAUGCGAUCAGAGAAGAGCACCGUCAGAGAGCGGAGCAGGCUCGUGACCUCAUAGACACAGUGCGGAGGAAGGGUGACAUCGCCAGCAAUCAACUAAUCAAGUGCCUUAAGGAACGGGACCUCAAUGUCUACACUGAACUGGAAAGGGCCCUGUCUGAGCAGUGA